CUACAUUUGCUUUCUGCCUUACAUCCCGCUUACUCGCUGCUGCUGUUGAAGGGUGCCGCUGUUGAAGGUUGCCGCUGUUGAAGGCUGCCGCCGAGGUUACUGCCGUUGAAGGUUCGCUGCCAUCGAAGGUUCGCCGUCGUCGAAGGCUUGCCUCUGUCGAAGGCUUUGCCGCACUCUGCCGUUGCCGAACUGUCGAAGGUUCUACGUUCUGAGAACACUUCUCCUUUAGCUGGAAAGGAGAAGCAAAUCUGGAACCCUAAGACAUCUGGUAACGAUUGCUUGUACGUGGAAAGAGCAUCUGGGUUCUUCCAUCAUCAGUGGCCAAGGAAUGGAGUUGCCCUGAACCUGGUGAGGUAUUGAAAAGAAAUUCAGUGCCAGAUUGGCCUUUGCUUGCAACUUACCUCAUAAGUGAAGCUAGCCUCAUGGAAACUUCAAGAUGGAGCAAUUAUAUAUCAGCCUUACCUCGUCAACCUUACUCGCUUCUUUACUGGCUCUUACAAAACUAAUACUGCAUCUGAGAGUGUGAAUGCGGCUUACAUAAUUUCUCGAAAAGAUCUUUCUAGGCUUGCUAUACUGCUCCCCUGCACAAAUAAAGCUGUUGUAGCCGUCCGGUUCUGUCCCAUAAUUUGUAAACAUCAAGGAACGAACUCUCUCGACUGUGGUAUAAUACCACAAUCCUUUUUAAUUUCGUUGCAAAAUCCGAACCUUUUAACUGUCUCCUUCACCAUUGCUCCUAAAAUACUUGACUAAGGUAAAGCAAGGAGCCAGAGUCGCAGAAUCCAUGGAAACGCAGUAUGAAAAACUCGAGAGAGAAGACUCUAUUACCAACAGUUCCUCAGAAGAUGAGGAGCAGGAGAUAGAGAAGGAGUUAGCAGAUGUAACUUUUGAGGAAUUGCAGAAAGCACGCUCGAAUGGGGCACAUGCUUUUUUUCAGAAACCCAAAGAAGACAAAAAGUUAAAAAGGGCUAACAAGAAUAGGCCGAUGGAGGCCAGUAGCAAGAAGCCAGUUUCUGCUUUUAGAGAGGUCAUCCAAGCUCCAAAGAAGGUUGUACGUGAUCCAAGAUUUGAAUCUCUUUGUGGUACACUUGACCCUGAAGGGUUUAAGAAGAGGUAUAAUUUCUUAUAUGAAAACGAUCUUCCUGCUGAAAGACAGGCUCUGAAGAAGGAAUUGAAAAAGUAUAAAGAUCCGAAGCGCAUAAGUGAAAUAGAAGAACGUAUAUCAUGGAUUGAUAAACAAAUGAAGUCUGAUUCAACGAAGAAUAUUGAUACAGAAAUAUUGGCGAAUCAUAAAAAGAAAGAGAGAGAAGCAGCAAAGCAGGGGAAACGUCCUUUUUAUCUAAAGAAAUCUGAAGUACGGAAACAAAGGCUGAUUGAGAAAUAUAAUCAGCUCAAGUCAUCGGGCAAACUUGAAGCAUUUGUUGAGAAAAGGAGGAGAAGGAAUGCUUCUAAGGACCACAGAUACAUGCCGUAUCGUAGAUCUGGUGAUGUCGAAUAAAUUUUGUAGCUUCUUAAGCUAUAAUUAUAUACUAGAAUAUAGCACCAAAAAGAAAAGUAAUAUAUGUUUUCUGGCUGCCAGCUUUGGGGAUUGAAUAUUGACGUUUGUUGAUGGCAUCAUGGAAUUUGUUUUGUGACUCUUGAAGGUUUACUAAUUAUCAGGGAAUGAAUUGGUAGCACUUGGCUACUAGGCAGUCUUUUGAGUCUGGGUUAUGUACUUGUAGGAGGGAUGUCUUUUCCAUUAUCAUUAGGUUACUUGUUUUAGGAACCGUUUGUUUAAGAUUUUCUCAAAAAGAAAAUCUGAAUAUGAAAAAAAGGCUUUCUUAUUACUCUUA